GCGUCGAACAGACCGAUGAACUCAAGAAAGAUAUUCAAAAGUAUGUUGCAGAUAAUGCUGCACCAUUCAAGAAACUGCGUGGAGGCGUCGUUUUUGUUGAUCAAGUGCCGAAGAGUGCGUCAGGAAAAACCCUGAGAAAGUUGUUGAGGGCCAGGGCCAGUAAAGAUUUUGCUAAGCUAAAUCAGUGA